CCAGUGACAGACACGGCCAUGGCCCUGAGAGGACCUUGCCCUUUGCUCUUCCUGAACCUGGUCCUGCUGGUCACCGGCCUGGCCCAGAUCAUCAGCCCACCCGACAGCUACCAAAACUUUGUGAGCGAACACGUUGAUUUCCCCAAGACCAGACCCCCCAAGGGCCAGAGCUACUGCGACCACAUCAUGCAGCGCAUGCACCAGAACAUGGCUGCCUGCAAACUCACCCACACCUUCAUCCACGCCCCCGCCAGCCGGCUCCGGACCAUCUGCACUAGCAGAGGGAGAUGCAACCUAUACAAUGAAUGUGACAGCAAUGCAGCCUACCCUGUAACCAUCUGCUGGCUGAACAGACCCCCCCGUCCACCAAGCUGUGUCUACAGGGGAAUACCCCAGAUCCGCAGGAUCCGCGUGGUCUGUAUCUGGGGGCUGCCCGUGCGCUUCCUCAGAGUCGUGGAGAACCCAGACCACAUGGGGCCAGAGGGGAUUGUGUCCGAUGCCUGUGACAUCCCAACCACCAACCGACACCUGGAGAGCCAGCGGGGCUGA